AUGUAUUCUGGACCCGAGUAUAGGCAUCUCGCUUCCACUGGUCGUCGGCUUAUCCGUGACAGCGGCAAUGUUGGUGUCGCACCCAUGUCCAACUCCAUGUCCAACUCCAUGUCCAGCCCCAUGUUCCAACUCCAGGGCACCGCCAACGAAUGGGUUACCUCUUGCGACCCAGCUCCUCGUCGCCCUCCAGCCAACCGACCAGACUCGGCACCGACACCAUGGUAA